AUGGAGCCUCUAUGUGAGUUUUGUGGGGUGGUAAGGGCAGUUGUCUACUGUAAAUCGGACCUGGCUCGCCUUUGCUUGCACUGUGAUGGUUGUGUGCACUCAGCGAACAUUUUGUCACGCAGGCAUCCUCGCUCACUUCUAUGUGACAAGUGUAAUGCUCAGCCUGCAAUGGUCCGAUGCAUGGAUGAGAAGUUGUCCUUAUGUCAAAGCUGUGAUCAAUGGAAUCAUAACAAUGGAGAUACAACAACAGGGAUGGGAGGGCAUAGGACACAUGCAUUAACUUGUUACACGGGUUGCCCUUCUUUGUCUGAGUUUUCGAGAAUUUGGUCUUCGGUUCUUGAUGGAUCUUCUUCAAGUGGUUUUGAGACUAAUGGUUGUGGUGGUGGUGGCGGCGGAAAUAAUAAUUGGGAUCAGUCACUUGGAUCAGCUCAAGUGCCAAUAAAUGAUCAGACUAAUUGCAUUGGUAAUGCUUUGGAACGUAGAGAUAAUAGCGAGAGAUCAUUUGGGGUUGUGACUAGCAAGUUGAGUGGAUCACUAGAUCAGUCUUCUUGUGCCAAGUUUGAGCCUUGGAUGGCCAGAUCUACUUUAAUUUCAGCGAAUCCGAAUGGCAUCCCUCAAGGUAAUAAAGAUCAAGCACCUUUCUUGCCACAGGAAUCUAGCCUGUCAAAGGAUAGCAAUGAUCUAUGUGAUGGCCUCAACAUUGAUGAUGUUCCGUUGAACUUUGAAAAUGCUGAAGGCAUAUUUAGCUGUCCACAAGGUCCUUCCAGAUACCAGUUUGAGGAUGGAGAAAUGGAUUGCCUAUUGAUGGAGAAAAACUUAUCAGUUACAGAGUCUAAUGGUCCUAAUGACAAUGCUGUACAGGCAUCAUCUUCAGGACCACAAGACUGCGUGGCUUUUCAAUCCUCUUGUGGAUCAGAUAAUGUGAUGCCUGCCAUGAACGGUAGUGCAAACUGCUUACUCAUGAAUCCUACUUGCAGCAGAAACAUCAAUCUGGGAUUUCCUACAGGGCAAGUUCAUUCGAGCAUGUCGCUUUCGCUGUCCAGCAUGAGCAGGGAAAGCAAUCCUGAUUUUCAAGAUUGUGGUCUGUCGCCCAUAUUUCUAACCGGAGAGCCUUGGGACUCAGCCAUGGAGGCUAGCAGUCCACAAGCAAGGGACAAGGCAAAGAUGAGAUACAAGGAAAAAAAGAAAACUCGCACAUUUGGUAAACAAAUAAGAUAUGCCUCUAGGAAGGCCAGAGCUGAUACUAGAAAACGCGUCAAGGGGAGAUUUGUAAAAGCUGGUGAAGAAUAUGACUAUGAUCCCCUAGUGACGAGGAACUUCUGA